AAUAAUUCAAAUUAUUGGGUCAAGAAUCAUGAUCCGUAGAAAAUCGCAUAUCAUUCAGCACAUUAGGAAGAUAGCAACUUACAGUAAGAUCCCCCACUAAUUUCGAAGGACGCGAAGAAAGUAACCAGAAUUGCCCCCCUAGUCCCCUCAUACAUUCUAUUGGCAAUGGCAACGCAUCAAAAUUAUUGGGGGAAAUGUAAUGCAAAAUGCUGAAACACAGAAUUGGUAUAAAACGAAAGAAAUAUGGCAGCAGCUUCAGUGAACUAGAAGCGUUUAAGCGCAUACAACACCCCUUCUGUUUUGGGGAAGAUAUCCAAGAUGAAGUGUUGGGCUCUUCUGGUGGCCCUAGCAUGUAUAUUCAUAGCACCAUCACAUAGUGGCCCAGUUAGUCUCAGCAGGGUCAAAAGAGGCUUUCACCAUGAACCUGAAGGGUACUGGAGCACGAAGCUCACGUGGAAAACGAAGUGGGUUAAGAUCUGGAAAACGGAGAAGAAGUUGAUCUGGAAACCAGACUGGAAGAAGAUUCAAGUUCCGGUUUGGAUCGAGAAACAGAUUCCCAUCUGGAAGGAGAUCCAGGUACCUGACUGGAAAAUUGUCAAGAAACCCGUCUGGAAAGAAACCCAAGUGCCAGCCUGGAAGGAAAUCAAAGUUCCAGACUGGAUAGAGAAACAAGUACCAGCUUGGAAAGAGAUCCAAGUUCCAGACUGGGUGGAAGAGAAGGUACCUGACUGGAAAGAAAUCCAAGUUCCGGACUGGAAAGAAAUCCAAGUGCCAGACAAGAAACAAAUCUGGGUUCCAGUUUGGAAAGAAAUCCAGGUUCCAGCGUGGAAAGAAAUCCAAGUUCCCGAAUGGAAAAAGAACUAUGUACCCGUUCUGGUGAAAGAAGGCAUCCCUGGAGAGCACUAUUUAGGCAAAGAUCCCCAUGGUGCCGAAUAUACAGCACACGAUCUAUGGAAGAAGAAGCUCAUUUGGAAACCUGUUUGGAAGAAGAUUUGGAGGACUGAGAAGAAACAAAUCUGGGUGCCACAGAAGAAGCUCGAGUGGAAACCCGAAUGGAAGCAGAUUUGGCGCACAGAAAAGAAACAAAUUUGGCGUACUGAGAAACAACAGAUCUGGAGGACAGAGAAGAAACAAAUCUGGAGGACUGAGAAGAAACAGAUCUGGAUCCCGAAGAAGGAACAGAUCUGGAGAACCGAGAAGAAACAGAUCUGGAUCCCAAAGAAAGAACAGAUCUGGGUGGAGGAAAAAGUACAAAUCUGGAGGACGGAAAAGAAGGAAGAAUGGAUAACCAAAAAGGUCCAGAUUUGGAAGGACGAAUGGAAGCAAAUAUGGGUCCCUGUAUGGAAAGAAAUCCAAAUACCUGCGUGGAAACAAAUUUCCAAGCCGGUGUGGGAAAAAGUCUGGGUAAAAGUUACACACCACCAUGACCACGGAUGGGACUGAUGUGAAACUUGACAUUUGUAUAUUUUUUUCUGUAUAUAUCUCUUCUUUUCCUCAAUUCUCUUAGUCUAAGUACAAAGUAAGUUGAAUGCAGGUUGCCAGUGAACUGUCUUUAUAAAACAGUUAACUUUUGUAAGAUAUCGAUUGUUAUUACAUAUUUAAGGAUGAGCAA